AUGCUGCUCUCGACUCGCUCUCUCCUCUUGUCGCUGCUGGCGGCCCCGUUCGCCCUCGCCGCCCCCUCGUCGCCGUCUCUGCUGGCGACGCGCGCCGCGGCAGUGCCCCCCACGACCGACGCCCCUUUCUCCGUCUCGGCGGCCACGGUGCAAGGCGCCAUCGAGUGCCCCUUUGGCAUCCAGCGCAAGCCCGGAGGCAUCGUCUACCUCAUCCAUGGCACCGGCAGCACGGGCAAGGAAUCCUGGGGCUCCGGCCCCUGGGUCUCCCUCCUGCCCAACCUCGGCCCCGGCUUCGACGUCUGCUACGUCACCCUGCCCGACCGCAGCCAGGGAGACGCCCAGAUCUCUGCCGAGUACGUCGCACGUGGCGUCCAGUUCCUGGCUCCCCAGUCGGCCACGGGCAAGGUGAGCCUCGUCGGCCACAGCCAGGGUAACCUCAACAUCGAAUGGGCGCUCGCCUUCUGGCCCGUCGCCGCCCGCAGCCUCACCGCCGAGUACAUUGCGCUCGCCGCCGACUUCCAGGGCACCCUCGACGGCAUCCUCUACUGCAGCGCCACAAAGAUCCUCGAGGGCGGCUGCCCCGCCGCCGAGUUUCAGCAGUCGACCGGCAGCCACUUUGUCAACACGCUGCGCAAGGCCACGGCCAACAGCGCACUCGUGCCCACGGCAUCCAUCUACACCAUCUACGACGAGGUCGUCACGCCCGAGGUCGGACCGGGCGCCACGUCCGUCAUCAACAAGGCCAGCCUCUACCCGCUGCAGGACCUCGACAUCUGCGGACCGCUCCACCCCGCCGAGCACUUUAGCAUGAUCAUCGACCCCGCCGCCUUUGAGAUCGGCUACAAGUCGCUCGUCGCGGGCAAGCCCAUCGCCCGCUCCGCCAUCGACAAGCGCUCCUGCAUCGACUUUUACUACGGCACCGGCUUCAACAACAACACCUUUGCCAAGGGCGCGGAACUCCUCGAGGCCAUCGUCAAGGACGUCGUCUCGUUCCCCACGGCCGACGUCGUCAAGGCGGAGCCGGCUAUCAAGGCCUACGCCGCGCCCUACGCCGCCUGA